AUGUCCUCAUUCCGUCCUCAUGGGCCCUUCGGUCCCCUCGUCCCUGCAGUCACAUCUAGUGAGUGGCUGAAGAGGAAGCCUCUGGGGUAUAAAGACCCCGCUGAAAAGGAUUCUUCUGAGAAAGAUAUGGAGCUGUGCGCUGACGAAUCAGAGUUGCCUGAGUGGGCUAAGGUUUCUAAGGAGGAGUACUUCAAAUACGAGAAUAUGUUCUGUGGAUACUGUGGUUCUUUCUACGACCAAAGACAGCGGGGUCAGUACUCGGUCUGCUCUAGAUGUGGGGCUAAGCGGGAUCGAUUCGCCACUGGACCGCUGAUGGAGUCCCAUGCCGUGUUGGACUAUGGUGAGAUGAAGGUGUGGAUGAAGAACAUCAUUGAUGAGGAGGAGGGCAAGGAGAAAAAGGACGAUAAAAAGAUGGCUUUAGUGGAUGAGGAGUGCCCGAAGUGCAAGAAUCCUCGUAUGGCCUUCUGGACUCAGCAGUUGAGGAGCGCCGAUGAGGGCCAGACGGUGUUCUACGAAUGCCAGAAAUGCGGCUACCGUUUUAACGUCAAUACUUAA